AUAAACUUACUAAUAAGAGAUUUCUUUUUGACCAUUCUUCUUUUAAAUUUGUUUUUUCAGACAAAUGAUCUUUACUAAUUAUAAAGGAAAAUAUUUCCUAAGCCACAUGCAUUUUUUUAAGUCACUCAAAUAGAUAAAGUCUUUUUUUAUUAUUAUUUUUAAACUGACACUUUCUAUCAAAGCCCUCUGUACUUUUCCCCCCUCUCUACUACCUCCAAGAUGGUAGGAAAGUUGUUGUUUUGGAGGGCAGAGGAGCUGCUCUCUGAUGUUAUGUCCUCUCAGUGCCUGUAGUGGUGCUGUAGGAGGCUGCUGGCUCUCUUCUUGAGCAGCCCCAGCAGCCCUGCCUUCUUUGCUGGAGAAUAUAUUCAGGGAUUCCCCUUAAUAAUCACCUACCCUCUGAGCACUUUGUACUUUUAAAAUAAUAAAAAGCCCCCCAAAGCUUUCUCCCCCACAAAAGCAGGAUCUCCUCAGAGCCAGGGGGGCAGCAGCUGCUCAGCACAGAGCCCGAGCCCAUUCCCGGUCCCUCUGCUGGGGAGGAAACUCUGAUCUGUCAGCCCAGCAGAGGGAAAGGGGGGAGAGGCGAGAGAGGAGAAAAAAAAAGCAGCUGGAAAGACAAUCUGCUUCAUCUGACUCGUCAUCAUUCCAGGAUAGUGGUCUGCUUGGGGCUCUUUCCUAACACUGAUAUGGUACAGAAGAUUUAAAAUCAGCUGAUGUUCACAAGGAAUAGAGUCACGUGAUGUAUGAAGGCAAACACAUACACUUCUCUGAGGUUGACAAUAAGCCCUUGUGCUCAUAUAGCCCCAAACUGUGCAAGCAAAGGCGACUUAACGGCUACGCCUUCUGUAUCAGACACGUUCUGGAGGACAAGACUGCCCCCUUCAAGCAAUGUGAAUAUGUGGCCAAGUAUAACAGCCAACGCUGCACCAACCCUAUCCCCAAAUCUGAGGACCGUAGGUACUGCAACAGCCACCUACAGGUACUUGGCUUUAUACCUAAAAAGGAGAGGAAGAAAAAGAAUGAUCCAAUAGAGGAGGUGAAGGUCAGGCACCAGAUGGAUGCUAUGGCCUUCAGUCUGGCAGUGCCCACGCUGGCCUUGAAGAUGUCCAAUGGACUGGAUGGGAUGUCCCUCUCUCCACCCGGGGCUAGGCUUCCUCUCCACUACCUGGAAGCAGAGUUAGAAGAUCCCUUUGCUUUCAAUGAGGAGGAUGACGACUUAAAGAAAGGGGCAACGGUGAGGAAAAAGUUGCAGAGCAAGUUGGCCCAAAACCGGCAGCGCCAGAGAGAAACAGAGAUUUUAAAAGUUCACCAAGAGCACUUUAGCCCCCUUCCUGCACCUUUGCAGCAGCAGCCACUGCAGCAGCAGCAGCAGCAGCAGCACUCCCAUCUGCCACCUUUAUCAACUUCUUUAAAGCCUACAGGGCUAUCGCAGGGCUUAGUCUGCAAGUCACCUCAACCUCAGAACACCAGCCUACCAAUGCAGGGAGUGGCACCCACCACACACACUAUAGCACAAGCAAGGCAGAUGUCUAACAAGAGACCCCUGCCUCUCCUGCCACCCACCAGGGCUCCUGUCAUGGACCCACCAAGGACUGAUCGGGUCCUCAUGAAAGCCACAGCCUUUUCUCCACACUCAUCCUGCAUGAGCCGGCUACAGAGACUGGUGAAACUGUGCACUCGAAAACAGCAGCUGGAAACUGAUCUGUUUCCACAUUUAGGGCUGGACUGGUCUGAAGACAGUGGAGAAGAGUUGGAGGAUUCAGAGCAAACUUCACCAUACCAGGUUGCAUGGUCUAUUCGGGAAACUCUCAGAUAUGAAAGACAUGAGUCAGAUGAUGAUGAUGAUUCAGAUAGCAGGAGUUCCAGGGUGACCCAGCUUUGCACUUACUUUCAGCAGAAAUAUAAGCACCUCUGCCGCCUGGAGCGGGCAGAAUCUCGUCAGAAGAAAUGCCGGCAUACGCUCCGGAAAGCUUUGCUGCAUGCGGCCAGCAGAGAGCCGGAAUGUGCUGGACAAUUGAUACAGGAACUCCAAAGAGCUACAUGCACUUGGACCAGCACAAGCCAAGCCAAGCAGAGAGAUGCAGAACCAACAACAUGUAGUGGAACUGUGAAAGGUGAACAGUGCACUAACAAGGCCCUUCCAUUCACCAGGCAUUGUUUUCAACAUAUCCUAUUGAACCGUUCUCAGCAGCUCUUCUCAAGUUGCACAGCCAAGUUUGCAGAUGGGCAGCAGUGCUCAGUGCCAGUUUUUGACAUUACACAUCAGACACCUCUGUGUGAAGAACAUGCCAAAAAAAUGGAUAAUUUCUUGAGAGGGGACAGCUCCCGUAAAGUUCAGCACCAGCAGCAGAGGAAACCCAGGAAAAAAACGAAGCCACCUGCACUUACCAAAAAACACAAGAAGAAGAGAAGGAGGGGACCACGUAGGCCCCAGAAACCUAUUCCUCCUGCAGUGCCCCAAGGGAACCUCAGCAUGCCCACCAGCAUCUCACUGCCAGUGGAGAUCUCCCACAUACGGAGCCCCUCCACGCCGGAGUUGAGUACAGAUGAGCUGCCCGAUGACAUCGCCAAUGAAAUCACAGACAUUCCACAUGACUUGGAAUUGAAUCAGGAGGACUUUUCUGAUGUCCUACCACGGCUGCCUGAUGACUUGCAAGAUUUUGAUUUCUUUGAAGGUAAAAAUGGAGACCUCCUUCCUACUACAGAAGAGGCGGAGGAACUGGAACGGGCUCUGCAGGCUGUAACUUCUCUUGAGUGCCUGAGUACCAUUGGAGUACUUACACAGACAGACGGUGUGCCAGUUCAGGAGCUAUCAGAUAGAGGGAUAGGGGUGUUCACCACAGGUGCUGGAGCUCCAGGAAUGCAGUCCUUGAGCAGAGAGGUUAACACGGACCUGGGGGAGCUGUUGAAUGGGCGUAUAGUACAUGAUAAUUUCUCCAGUCUGGAGCUGGAUGAGAACUUGCUCCGUUCUGCUACCUUGUCUAACCCACCUACGCCCCUGGCAGGGCAGAUCCAGGGGCAAUUCUCUGCCCCAGCCAACGUUGGCCUUACUUCUGCCACUCUGAUAAGCCAGAGUGGACUUGGGGAGAGAGCCUUCCCAGGACAGUUUCAUGGACUUCAUGAUGGCAGCCAUGCCUCCCAGAGGCCACACUCUGCCCAGCUGCUGAGCAAGGCAGAUGACCUAAUCACCUCACGACAGCAAUACAGCAGUGACCAUUCGCACUCCUCACCCCAUGGAAGCCAUUACGAUAGUGAGCAUGUGCCGUCUCCCUACAGCGACCAUAUCACAUCCCCCCAUGCCACAUCCUAUUCUGGUGAUAACUUGGCAGCUACCUUCUCAGCAGAGAUGCCCAUUAUGGCACAGCACUUGCUCCCACCGCAGCUGGAGGUGCCACUUAGCGGGGUGGUGAACCCCAGAACUCACUGGGGAAAUCUCCCUGUCAAUCUUGGUGACCCCUCUCCGUUUAGCAACCUCCUUGGUGCCGAUGGACACCUUCUUUCCACCUCCCUGUCCACACCACCUACCACCUCGCACUCAGAGACCACACAGCCUGCCUUCGCCACUGUGACCCCCAACAGCUCCAGUGUGCUUCCGGGGUUACCGCAGACCAGUUUUAGUGGCAUGGGUCCUGCCUCUGCUGAACUAAUGGCCUCCACUUCCCCCAAACAGCAACUCCCUCAGUUCAGCGCAGCCUUUGGCCAUCAGCUGAGCUCACACAGUGGCAUUCCUAAGGACCUGCAGCCCAGCCACAGCUCCAUAGCUCCUCCCACAGGCUUCACAGUAACAGGUGCCACAGCUACUAGUACCAAUAAUGCAUCUGCUCCCUUCACCACCUCCAACUGAGCUGAUCUGUCUGUAUUUGCAGGCAGAUGGGGACCCUAUGUUUUCUAUCUUCUUUUUCCUCUUUAUUGUCCUCCCCUUCCUUUUGAAGAGGAUUUUGUUCUCUUUUGUUUUUUAAAAGAGGGGGUUAAAUAAACCUCUUGCUUCCGUACAGACCAGGUGGCCCCUCAGUGAACCUCGCUCUGGUGUUCACAUGUGCUGUUUGUGCACUGGUGCUCAUUUAUUACUGGCAGGUUCACCGUACCCCAAAAAUGUCCUUAAGGAUACAGCACAGUUACUGGAUGUAAUUGACCUUAGCAGUAAGACCUAGAAAUGGGACGAUACCUCAAAUUACCAAUGCACGUUACUGUUUCCUAGGGUUAAGAUCAGUGCUUUCCAUCCCAUUAGCAUGUCAUGUAGGAAGUUUUUAUAGUGGGGAAAAGUCUCUUGGUUUUAAAAAAAGAAAAAAGGUAGCAUCUGGGCAUGGAAAGUUGGCUCCACACUCGGGUUUGGUAAUGGUUCACCGAAGCACUCAAGACCAUGGUUCAAUUAUUCAUUUGACAACUCCUUAAAAAUAGUCUUUUGACCUCUUCUGUGGGUGUGUGUGUGUUUGAGGAAGCAGCAGUUCCUUGUAAUCUGCUGCUGAGACAACAGUAGUUGUGUCCUCUUCUGAAAUUGGUCACUGUUCCUACUGAACGUUGAUUUAUUUUCUUUAUUUUAGAUUCAUUGAGCAGAGAGGGGAUUGACUGACUAGGGCAAAUAGGUUUUACCUGUUUGCCCAGGGCACUGAGGGUUGUUGCUGUUUCAAAGGUUAGCCCAGGGAGAAAAGACAAGAAAAUGGAAUUGGAUUGGAAUAAUGGUCUAGUCAAGACUCAUGCAGAAAUUCCCACCAGUGCUGAAUUACUGUGAUGUUGUAGUGUUUGAUGAUUUGCCUUCUCAAAUGUGGCUUUGUCCAGAACUUUGCACAGCAGGUGUUUCCUAGCUGAAACUGGAAGAAUUCUAUUGGUAUGUAUCCGAAUGCUACCCAUUCAAACAAAUCUACGUCAGGCCCAUUUGGUAAAUUUUAAAAUUACUAAACUUCUCGAACUAUCUGUUGCUGUUGAGACUCUUUCUAUAAUAAUAGUGAUUUUGUACCAGGAGCCAUAUGGUUUUUGAGACACUUGUGAGACUGAUGCUCUGUACAUGAAGUUGAAUGUAUGUGGGAGCCAGCGGGUACAUAUUUGUGGUUACCAAAACUAAGCUUACUUAAGCAAAAUAGGGAAAUUCCUUCUAUCCACAAUACCUUGUUGCUUUUAUUGCCUGUUUGCUGAAAAUGGUUUUAAGUCUCCAUGGUCAUAAUGUCAGCUUCUUAUAAAGGCAGUGGAUUCCUCUUGUAUCUGUUUCUUCCCUAAAGAAGAAUUACAUGAUUCAAACAAACUCUUUGUGAUUUUGUUAUCUCCCUCUUCUCCCUUCCCUCUCUGUCCCAAAAAAGGGAAUGUGCUUGAGGAAAAUUGUGACUUUAUAACUAGCCACUGUGUGAAAGUAAUUCCUACCUGAUGGCUAUCAAAAGUCUCCAUUGUUUGGUUUGCUUCUGAGAUGCAUGUGAGAGAAGAUGAGAAAGCAAAGCAAAUCUGUCUCUCCUCAUGUUGAAGGCAGUUUCAUUAUGAGGCUUAAUAAUUUCUUUGAGCAAGGGAUUAUUCAACUGAGUUCAGUUAUUCCCUAGUAUGUGGAGAGUAAUAUAUCUUCCCUCAAUAUAUAUAUUCUGUUCAUGUGAGUGAUGAUGGGGCCCAAACCCUCUGCUCCCAGACUUCCUGAGGAUAGGGGUUGAGAUCUGGAUCCAAACUUCCUGGGUGCAGCCCAUCUCGUGUUUAUAUCCCACUAGUUAUAGCCAUUCCUGUCUUUAUAAAAGCUUUGUCCCUUUUUAAUUGUAAAGAAAUAAGCCCUUUGGGUACAUCCCUUGCUGAAAUUGCAAGCAUAUGUGGGUGGAGGGGGAAACAUUUAUUUUCAGGUUUUUGAUAUUGGGAAAUCCUUAUUCCCAUACCUGGUAAAAUGGGGCUUAAUAUUCUAAUAUAUCUCAGUGUUCUCAAGUGUGGUCUCAGUUUGUCUGUAACUGAUUUAAAUGUUUUCAAAUCAUGUCAUAAGUUGAAAUGAGGCUUAACAAAACCCCACUAUAUUGUCCCACUGAUUGAGGAAUGCCCAUUGAUAUUGUGAAGUGAGGAAAAGCUGAUAGGAAUUUUUUUUAUUUUUUUUUAAAUUCUGUUCUCUCCCCUCCCCGCGUGCUUGUGAGGAGACAAAUGUUUGAUUUGCAUUGUUUUCCAUUGUGUUAAUAUACUUUCUUUAGUGUAUUGAGAUGAUUGAUUUGAAAAAGAAGGGUGAACUAGUUUGCCAAAUGGGUAAAUGAUCAAUUGUUAAAUCUACCAGUAUUAAAUGUCAUGUGACAGUAUGUUCUACAGAUUAGUUUGAGGAUUUUGAUUUAUGAAAUAUUUCUGACACUCGUCAAAAUUUGUAAUGGAACCAGCAGCCUGUUCUCUUCUUCCCACACAUUCAUCACUUUCCUUUACCUACCAGUUGAGAAAACGCUUGGGCCCAAUUUCUGAUCUCAGUUACAUCCGUGUAAAUCAUGGAGUAAUUCUCUUAGCUAAAUGAGUUACUAUGGAUUUACACCAGUGUAACUCAGAACAGAAUCUGGCUCUUAAUCUGAUCAUUUAUUUAGGCUGGGAUUUUCCAGGAUGCCCAAGAGAAUGUAGGUGCAUAAUUCCUAUUUGAAAUCAGAUUCCCAUAAGACAACUUCGGAAGUCUCACCCUUUAGAUCUCAGCUUUAUGGAUCUGUGGGUGAUUUUUCCUAAACAUCGGCUGCAUAACAUUUUUCAUGAGCAGAUCGAGUUUGCAAAAAAGCUGCACUACUUUAAACCAGUUUUCUAUUUGACAGGCAUUAGAAAAGGAAUCCCUAUCUACUUUCCAGUACAGAGCUUUGAAGUGGUCAAGAUUGUUGCCAGUUGCAGGUUCACCUCGUCUAAUUGAAGUAUAACUAAUUUAAUGAAGUUGCAUCCUAGUAAGCAGUUCUCAUUUUAGGCCCUAAAUCUGCAGUGAGCACCACACAGGUGGAUCCCUAUACCCACACAAAGCCCACUAACUUCACCCACAUAGAGUUCAGUGCAGGAUCAGCACCAUAGUGUUGUGGGAAGAGUAGUGGACCCAAGGACAAGGGAUUAUGUCGCCAGACAUGUCACUUCUCUCCCACCAGGAAAUACGUUUGCUUCAUAUGGGAUUUGUCUUGGUUCUUAUGGCUGCCAUUGCUAUUGUUCUCAUUCAUGCUCUCUUGAAAAGGGUGACUCUUCUAUAAUACAGCAAUUAGCACUAAUUACCCUUUCACCAAAGAGUCAGAGCAAUUCCAAUCCAUUUGUUGAAAUGAUCGGUAUCUGCUGUGCCACUUAUACAUGAAAUGAAUAGAAUAAAGCUAGUUUAGUAACUAAAAAUUAUGUUCUUUCUAUAAAUUUGGGG